GGCUCCGGCGGAUCGGUUUCUCGGGGUUUGACCAGCUGUCCCGGGCUAACCCUGCUCCUCGUUGAAGAUGGAGGAAGUAAAAACAGGAUUACCCUUAGCUACAGAUCCACUGCCUUAGUUUCCACCACCAACUGCAGUGCACAAACACACGUUAGGCACAGGAAAGAAAGAAAGAAAGAGAGAGGACACACUAACAGUAAACACAAACAAAAGGGUGAUGGGAUUAUUUUACUGCAUGCACUGCUGAGCCCGACAUUGUCACCUCCUCUUUGAGGGGUUAGAAGAAGCUGAGAUCUCCCGGCAGAGCUGGAAAUGGUGAUGAAUCUUUUUUAAUCAAAGGACAAUUUCUUUUCAUUGCACUUUGACUAUGGAAACAGAGGCUAUUGAUGGCUAUAUGACGUCAGGUGACAAUGAGCUUUCACCUGAAAGGGAGCACUCCAAUAUGGCAAUUGACCUCACCUCAAGCACACCCAAUGGACAGCAUGCCUCACCAAGUCACAUGACAAGCACAAAUUCAGUAAAGCUAGAAAUGCAGAGUGAUGAAGAGUGUGACAGGAAACCCCUGAGUCGUGAAGAUGAGAUCAGGGGCCAUGAUGAGGGUAGCAGCCUAGAAGAACCCCUAAUUGAGUGCAGCGAGGUGGCCGACAACAGGAAAGUCCAGGAGCUUCAAGGCGAGGGAGGAAUCCGGCUUCCGAAUGGUAAACUGAAAUGUGACGUCUGUGGCAUGGUUUGCAUUGGGCCCAAUGUGCUUAUGGUACAUAAAAGGAGUCAUACUGGUGAGCGUCCUUUCCACUGUAACCAGUGUGGCGCUUCUUUUACUCAGAAGGGCAACCUUCUGAGACACAUAAAGUUACACUCCGGUGAGAAGCCGUUCAAAUGUCCUUUCUGUAGCUAUGCCUGUAGAAGAAGGGACGCCCUCACAGGACACCUCAGGACCCACUCAGUGGGUAAACCUCACAAGUGCAACUACUGUGGACGAAGCUACAAGCAGCGCAGUUCACUGGAGGAGCACAAGGAACGCUGCCACAACUAUCUCCAGAAUGUCAGCAUGGAGGCUGCUGGGCAGGUCAUGAGUCACCAUGUACCUCCUAUGGAAGAUUGUAAGGAACAAGAGCCUAUUAUGGACAACAAUAUUUCCCUGGUGCCUUUUGAGAGACCUGCUGUCAUAGAGAAGCUCACAGGAAAUAUGGGAAAACGGAAAAGCUCCACUCCACAAAAGUUUGUGGGGGAGAAGCUCAUGCGAUUCAGCUACCCAGACAUUCACUUUGAUAUGAACUUAGCAUAUGAGAAGGAGGCUGAGCUGAUGCAGUCUCAUAUGAUGGACCAAGCCAUCAAUAAUGCAAUCACCUACCUUGGAGCUGAGGCCCUUCACCCUCUGAUGCAGCACCCGCCAAGCACAAUCGCUGAAGUGGCCCCAGUUAUAAGCUCAGCUUAUUCUCAGGUCUAUCAUCCAAAUAGGAUAGAAAGACCCAUUAGCAGAGAAACCUCUGAUAGUCAUGAAAACAACAUGGAUGGCCCUAUCUCUCUCAUCAGACCAAAGAGUCGACCCCAGGAAAGAGAGGCCUCUCCCAGCAAUAGCUGCCUGGAUUCUACUGACUCAGAAAGCAGCCACGAUGACCACCAGUCCUACCAAGGAAACUCUGCCUUAAAUCCCAAAAGGAAACCAAGCCCAGCUUACAUGAAGGAGGAUGUCAAGGCUUUGGAUACCACCAAGGCUCCUAAGGGCUCGCUAAAGGAUAUCUACAAGGUCUUCAAUGGAGAAGGAGAACAAAUUAGGGCUUUCAAGUGUGAGCAUUGUCGAGUCCUUUUCCUAGACCAUGUCAUGUACACCAUUCACAUGGGUUGCCAUGGCUACCGGGACCCACUGGAAUGCAACAUCUGUGGCUACAGAAGCCAGGACCGCUAUGAGUUUUCAUCACACAUCGUUCGAGGGGAGCACACAUUCCACUAGGCCUUUCCAUUCCAAAGGGGAUCCCUAUGAAGUAAAGUACUGCACAUGAAGAAAUACUGCACUUACAAUCCCACCUUCCCUCAGAUGUUGACAUACCUUUUAUUUUUUUUAAUAUUAUUACUGUCAUUAAUUUUUAUUUUGUGGACGCAGUGUCAUUUGCUCUGCCUAAUUACAAUAAGGAAGAAACA